CGCUGCACCUCUUGGGAAAAGGCGAAAAUGGACACCCUCGGACAUUGCCGAAACACAGUUCACGACCACACGUAUGCAUUGGCUGGUGUGCACCACCUAAAGGGGUUCGUCUACAAGGAAAUGGAGCGCCACCCGAGUAUGCUAUUGAUUCAGAUAGAGUUCUUCUGCCCAAUCGAGAAUGCAGUUAUGUUCAUCACCAAAGCACACGCCCAAGUUGUGUGGCAUCUUCUCAAGAGCGGGCGUCAUAUUGUGGCCAUCGAGGGAGACACAGAGCUCCUGAACUUUUUGAUGACAUAUGUUGCGCACGAGGUGCACACGGGUGUGGACAACUGUGAAUUCUACCCAGUGCAGAAAGACGUCGACCAUGAUCCUCACGGGAACAUGUGGUUCAAGCUGUCAGCCGAGAAUAGGGCGAAUGUAUACAAGUUUCUGUUCCUCAACACACGACCCAAACUAAAAAUUGAGGACGACUACAAGUGUCGUCGAGAUGUCGUGAUUGGUGCGUUGGAUGGCUUCUAUGGUGCUUCUACGGAGGCUGCGGCCAACUUCGUGGAGAAAGUUGAGGAAUGCUAUUUCGACAAUGGCAAGCUGGAACUCACAUUAAAUUAUUACAAGGCUCAGUUCACCGAAGAGGACAAUUUCAAUGCAAACGACGAGGAAGAAGUCAGCGAAGGUCAGGGGCCCUUGGAUUUAGAGACGGUAUACCACAAAUAUACUGGAGGUGGGUCAAACUUCCCCGAGAUGGGAUUUGACGGACACAAGGGGCGCGGGCUGCGUGAUGGCGGUCCUUUUGCUGGCGCCGGAUGUAUCCGCCAUCGAAGCCUUCAUGGCAGCGCAGAGCAGAAGGGGGACCUAGUUAUCGGCAUUUUCAUCGGCGGCGGAUCUAUCCGCUCCUCGGCGCAGCAACCACCCUGCACGGAUAACACCCUUGCCCCAGGUAUGGAAGAAAAGGUGACUCCACCGCCUGAGACACAUUGCAGAGGUUCCCAGAGGGGGUAUGUCUCGCAGUUAUGUUCAAGGUUGCCUGACAUGCAGCCCUCAAAAGUCCUUAUGGCCACAGUCGUGUCGAGCCAGUGCAAUGAGGACGGAGACGUCGCCAUGAUGGAAGCGGAAGAGGUUACUGUCCGUCGUCCGAUCGAAGAUGAUCUUGUCAGGACACUUUUUCAUGAAUUCGACUCCCCGGUUGUUAUCUCUCCCUCUUCACAAUUAUUGACUCCUCAAGAUGAAGUUCUUGCCAUCCGUGGGAGUGGCGGGAUAACUGGUUGUCCUGUAGAGUUGAACCCCGAUGCCUCGUAAAAAGUCAUUUGCCUCGUCGACGCAGACAUUAAGGAUGUGUCUUGAUUUCCAUCCCAGUUAGAUCACAUUAUGGCAUC